CCAUCCCUCUCCGAGCGUUGUGCCAUCACCAUCCUGGAAGCUGCCAGCCUCUAAGCUUCGAGCUCGGCCUCAGCAAGCUUCCUGGAACCAGAGAGUGGAAUAAAUGCAUGGGCACGUGAAUCGCUGAGCUCUGCUGCUGUAUGGGCACAUGCCAAGACGAUCGCCGCCGCCCUCGGCUUGUCUUCGCGCCAAAACGCGCACGGUGCCGCGAAAGCAGGCAGCUUUCGCGGUAAAAAGGAGUCCACGAGGAGACGCUGGUGCUCGUGGGCUGAUAUGGGCCGCUUGCGCGGACUGCCAAAUCCAUUUGCUGAGGGGCACGGUUGGAUCGGCAGCGCACGACUACCGAGUGCAGCCGUAACGAGCGAGGUCAGACGAUCCCCUCGGCAGCGCUGCUUCCCUCCCCGACGUGCGACGACGCGACGGUCGCCAGGCGCCACCGCGCCAGUGCCUCGCGCCCUCGCCGCGGUGCCGCCUCCUCCUCCCCUUCCCAGCGCAGGGCGCCGGCUCUGAGGCCCAGGGGCUAGGGCAAGGACGCCGAGUGUCCGCCACGCAGGAGCACAGCGCCUACCGCCGACGAGGGCUACUCCGACCUUGCCAGCGCGCCUUCUUCCAACGCCGUGUUGAAAAUAUGUCAAAGCGAAGAGGUGAUUACUCAUCUAGCUCAAAUGAGAAGCAGAAAGCUAACAAAAAUCAUGGAAAUUGUGAUCUGGAUGAUUCAUCUCACAAGGAAUUUGACAGCCUCGAUGCCGAGGUAGAACUGCAUACAGAAGUUGUGCAAAAAUUAUCUGAAAGUGUUGUCUCACUGUCAUUCAUUGGAGAUCAUGAACAAUAUCAAUACACAGGCCUUGUUAUCCAAAUUAAUAAUGGUAGUCGUUUUGUGACUUCAGCAACUGCGAUUAGAUCUAAGGAAGGUGGCAGAAAGAUUAAUAGAGAUAUGUCGAUUCGUGUGAGCCUUCCAAAUGGGCAAAUGAUACGUGGGUCCUUGCUAUCAGUUGAUUUUGACUACAAUAUUGUUGGUAUCGGCUUGGGCCCUUUCCAUGUUUUUAAAGAAGCAAGUCUGGAUCAGCUUGGGGAAGUUGGUUAUAAUAACACUGUAACAGCUAUAUGUUGCAACGGUACAGGAAAAAUAAUGUCCUCUACUGGGGUAGUGACUAACAAAUCAAGUGAACUUUAUGGUCAAAAGCUUAUUAUGUCCACGUGUAUUAUUCCUGAGUUUGGUAUUGGAGGGCCCCUUGUCGACUUUGAGGGAAACUUUGUUGGCAUGAACAUGUCUCUUGUGAAUAAUGAAGGGACUCAAUUCCUACCAAGGGAAACAAUUCUUGAUUCGGUUGUACCAUUUUGGUUACCUUGUACAUCUGUGGUGGGGCAAGCAAUCUGCUUAAGGGCUACUAUGAAGAUCAAGCAAGGACAUGAUAAUCAAAUUGAAAGUAGCACAAGUGAGAUAUGUAAAUCUUCGACUCCUAUUGUUCUUAAUUCAGAAGGUUCUUCACCAGUGGCGCAAGGAGAAGGUAUAGGAAGUGACAAGAGCCCAGAAACGAAUCAGAAAUCUUCUGUAUCCUCUACAAGUGAUUCAGAAAGCGAAUCAUCACAAGACACCAGUGAAUUAUCGGGUUCACCAUUGCCGGAUAAUGAAUUCAUGAAGGCUUUUACUAACGAUCUACUAUCCCGUGGUUAUCCCCUGCCAAAAAUGCUUGAUGGAGACAUGGAGUUGCGUAGAAAUUUUGAGGAGGAAUUCGCGGGAAAUGUGUGGAACAGCAGGCUCCCAAAAAAAGUUGCUUUAGACACAUCUUUAAGUGUUCUCACUUGCUUCAUUCCGUGGAGAAACUAGGUUUUUUGCUUGCACUGGUGUACUUAUAGGCCGCCGCAAAUCCAUCACUAGAAUCCUGACAUCAGCGAGUUUGGUUAGAUUUGCUAAUAAAAACGAGAUUGAUCGCA